AUGGCUUCUUAUAAGGCUCCUUGGCAGUGCUCUAAACAAACCUGUGCUAACAUUACCAAUGAUUGUGAGGUCAAACCCACUAUUUCUUUAGUUUCUUCUCUAGACCAAAACUGUAGGGCUUUUAUUCAAAUCCAUUCAAAACGGUACCAAACACUCUUUGAUUCUGGUGCUGGAAUUUCUUGUAUUAGUGAACAUAUUGUCAAGAAAUUUUCUAAAGACCCUCAGUAUGACCCUGCCCAAAUUGCUCAUAUUUAUGGUGUAUGUGGUGAGAUCCAUUCAGUGCUAGGCACUAUCAAUCUUUCUUUUCUUAUUGAUGGUUUCCCCUUUCAACACACUUUCCAUGUCUUCUCGACACUUCAUGAACCAGUCAUUCUUGGAAGAGAUUUUAUGAAGAAAGAAGGAUUCCAGCUGAACUUCCAGUCUAACAGUAUAACAAUUAACAAGGAAAACACUAACCAAAUCACUAUCUCUUUAAUUUCACCAGAUCUUGCUAAAACUGAUUUUGGUAAAACGCUAACAUCGCAUGUCAUACCUCCACACUCAGAAUUCAUCCUUCCCUUAAAAACUAACAAAUUUAAGGAUGGUGCGACUGUGCUGUGUGAGCCACCACAAAAUCUAGUAAAAGAUGAACUGGCAGGAGGCAAAUGUCUUUCUACAGUUGUGGAUGGGAAAAUACAGUACCGUCUCAUGAAUCCAACUGCUCUUCCUGUCUUUCUAAAAUCUAAUGCUAGAGUUUCUGUUCUUUCUGAAAUUAACUGUGCUAAUGUCACGCAAGUUACUGAUCUUCCUACUUCUGAAAAUUCUGAAGCUUCUACAUCUGUCAAUUCUAUUCAUACUGACACACUAACUGACGAGCACUAUAUUGAAAUUGCAGAAGAUCUUGGAAUCAGCCUUAAUGACUCUGACCUCACCUCUGACCAGAAGAGAAGACUCUUAAUAUUCAUUGGUAAAAACAGAAAGUCUUUUGCAAAGGACUUCUCUGAAUUAGGUCUCACAAAUCUAUUCUCCCACAGAAUUGAAACAGGAAAUGCUAAGCCCAUUAAGAAAGCUCCCUACAGACAAAGUCCUGAUAUGCGCCGUGAAACUGAGCGGCAGGUCAAAGAAAUGCUUGACCAUGGUUUCAUUGAAGAGUCUGACUCACCAUGGAAUAGCCCUGUGGUGCUUGUUAAGAAAAAGAAUGGCGAAUACCGCUUUACUAUUGAUUACCGCGAUUUGAAUAAGACCACGGAACCAAUGUCUUUUCCAUUCCCCAUAUAUCUGACGUCUUUGAUACCAUUGCUGAUGCUAAGGCUGAAAUUUUCUCUGUUCUUGACCUUAAGAGUGGUUUUUGGCAAGUACCUCUUGAUCCAGAAACAGCUCACAAGGCCGCUUUUGUCACUCAUCAAUCUGUUUACACUUGGACUCGCUUACCUUUUGGCUUAA